AAUUAUAACUGAUAGUAAUAUAAGUUUAAUGUCGUAACACCUAAAAAAUGGGUUUGAAUUAUAAUUCAGUAGAAGAACAGACAUUGAGGAAUUGAACUCUGGGUGUCUUAUGCUUUAUAUUCUUUAUAAAAUCAGUCUGUAAAUUACCAACUCUAUGGAAGUUUCCAUCUUUUAAAGUAACUAUAAGCCACAAAGCUACUUACAGAAAGAAAUUUUUUGAGGCAAAUUGUUUCAAUUUUUGACACAGUACAGUGUUUAGAUAACAAUAUUGAAAGAGGAUAAAGAAUUGUUUUGUCAUAUGUGUAUAUAUGAAAGCAAGAGAAUUUCAUAUGAGAAGAAAAUUGAGGGCAUUUGCAACAGCAUUUUCAAUUUCCUACUUAUAUUAAUGAAGGAUAAACACUAUAACAUCCUCUCCUUUUAAUAUUUUUCUUACUCUGAUCAUUCUGUCUCAGUGUUUUAGUUUUACUUCAUGAUACACUUCUAAUUAAAGCAGAAGAAUUAGGUAGAAUUGGAAAAUUAUGAACUGGGUUUUGGAGAUUGACUUUAUUAAUUUUAUAAUUAAGAAAAGAUUUUCUGGAAAGAAAAUGAACUUCUGAGUAUGAAACACUAGAGAAAAUACUCUUAUGGUUUCCUGCUGUAGCUUAAGGAAACUGUAUUGAUGUUGUACUGAAAUUGCUGUCUAAGGAAACUAAAGUAUAAGGAUGAAGGACUCUGAACAGUGAUUAAUCGGAUAAUUCAACAUAGAGAGUGAAUAGUACAGUGAACUAGCUUAAGUGAAAAGUAGGUAAAGCUAGUUUUCUUUCUCUUUUGCCCUUUCUUAUCUAUUUCUCUUUUAAUCUUAUUUUCUUUCUUUUUUCACCCUUUUUUCCCCAUUCUUAUUUUUAGUUAAUUCUUUUUUACUCACCAUAAUUUGGAAUUGAAGUUAUUUUUAAAUCAAGUAUCAAUGUAUUUAUAUUUUGCUUUUCUUCAUAUAUAUUCAGAUGCUAAAGCUUGAAUGUAACAUUUUAUCUGUGUGACCACGGUAAGAAACAAAGACUCCCUAAUCAUGGUAAAGGGUAUUUGGUUAGCCUGAAUGGUGAAGUACUUUGAGAAUUAUAAAUAAUCUUGAUAACGACUUUUAUAACUAGUAUUGUGUCAGAGGUGGCUGAAUAAGUGAGAUAAGUGAAUAAAUGAGAGACUUGCUUUUGAAUUUCUUUAAGAAAAACCUUUAAUUAAACAGUGUGCUGAAAUGUGUUUCAGGAAACCACAUCUCUCCAAAAACAAAUUUUAUUUUCUUGUAGAAAUUACUUUUUACUGGGACAACUUGUUCUCAGUAAAAGACCUAAAUAGAGUGAAUUGUGUGAAAGAUGAAAGAUGAUUGUGGGUGCAGAUCCCCUUUGUAUAUGGCCAGAAUUGGACAGAUGGAAAUAAAAUGUUGAGGGAGUUCCUGUCUUUUGGGUCUGUAUUCUCUAUGAAAUUGGAGAUGAAGUUAUCCUCUGAGAGUUAGAAGAAAAGAGAUGAGAUUGAAAGCUUGAGAAGAGUGGUAAAGGGGAUUUUUCUGAAGAAAGCCAUGUUAUCUUGUUGGUUAGCACGAUUAUGCAAACAAGUUUCUCAGUGACAAUUUGGCUCAAUGGGAGAAGCCAUGCAAUAAUACUGCAUCCAUUGCAUAACAUAAACAAAUGUAAAAAUUACUAUGAAGUACUUGGAGUUACCAAAGAUGCUGGUGAUGAAGAUUUGAAAAAAGCUUAUAGAAAGCUUGCUUUGAAGUUUCAUCCAGACAAAAACCAUGCACCUGGAGCAACAGAUGCUUUUAAAAAGAUUGGAAACGCUUAUGCGGUUUUAAGCAAUCCAGAAAAACGAAAGCAGUAUGACCUCACAGGCAAUGAAGAACAAGCAUGUAAUCAGCAGAACAAUGGUAGAUUUAAUUUCCAUAGAGGUUGUGAAGCUGAUAUAACUCCAGAAGACUUGUUUAAUAUAUUCUUUGGUGGUGGAUUUCCUUCAGGUAGUGUACAUUCAUUUUCAAAUGGACGAGCUGGCUAUAGCAAUCAACAUCAGCAUCAACAUAGUGGACAUGAAAGAGAAGAAGAAAGAGGAGAUGGAGGUUUUUCUGUGUUUAUCCAGCUGAUGCCCAUUAUUGUAUUGAUCCUCGUGUCAUUAUUAAGCCAAUUGAUGGUCUCUAAUCCUCCUUAUUCCUUAUAUCCCAGAUCUGGAUCAGGGCAAACGAUUAAAAUGCAGACAGAAAACUUGGGUGUCGUUUAUUAUGUCAACAAAGACUUUAAAAAUGAAUAUAAAGGAAUGUUAUUACAAAAGGUAGAAAAGAGUGUGGAAGAAGAUUAUGUGACUAAUAUUCGAAAUAAUUGCUGGAAAGAAAGACAACAAAAAACAGAUAUGCAGUAUGCAGCGAAAGUAUACCAUGAUGAACGACUCCGAAGGAAGGCAGAUGCCUUGAGCAUGGACAACUGUAAAGAAUUGGAGCGGCUGACCAGUAUUUAUAAAGGAGGAUGAACUGGAAUUUUAUUUAUACCUUUUAGAGUACUCUCUAUUUUUUCUGUAAGUAAGUUUAGUUUCAUCAUGAGAGCUAAAGAAAAAGAUUUGAUGUUGAAAACUAAACUGAAUAGUUGGUCCCUGAAAUCUUGGACUGUUUAUGACCUACUGGCUCCUUUAAAUAGUAAGAAACUGAAAACUAAAAUUAAUAUUUUAGUUAUGCUUCUGCAAUUAUUUUCACUUUAAAAGCUUAUAUGGUUCCUAACUAAAAAUGUCUUGAGAAAGGAUUAUCACACCUGUAGCAAUUUCUGGUUUUAGAUUCUUAAUUUUUUUCCCUUGUCAUGUAAAUAUUUAUGGAAUGAUCAUUUUGUGUAUAUACAGGUUAUUGCCUUUUUAUUUAAAUUCUUUUGGUGUUUAGCUCCAUGAGACACUAUUUAAAGUGAUGGAAUAAAUGUUUUAUGACAAAAUUACAUUUUCCUUGUCAGAUGUCCAGUGUGUGGAGGUUACAAUGAAACUUUAUCAAAAAGAAAAGAAAAAACAAAAGUUGUUUAACUUUGUGUAAAAUCUUGUAGCAUUUUUAGCGUAGAGGGAAUCGAUAUUUUUAAUAUUGCCAUUAUAUUCUAAAUUAUAUAUUGAGAUAAAUGAACUGGUGUAAAGUAUCAGUUUGCUAUUUAUUUAGUUUUAUGAAUUGCUAAGCCAUGCAUAGAAAUGAAAUGCUAUACUGAUAGAUUUUAAAGAAAAUAUGAGGAAAUGGCUAUAUAAACAUUAACCAAAAAGGGUCUUCAACAGUAAAUUGCAGUUAUGUCAUUUGCAAUUCCAGUAACUAAAAGGCCCCCAAAUGUUCAUAUAUAUACAUCUUUGAAGGCUGCUAAAAUUUAUGAAGAAAAGGACUUACCUGUUUUACCCCCCCAUGGAAAUUUGCAGUUUCUUCUUAGUGAUCAGGAUCCUUAGUAAACAGGAUCUGAAACUAAAUGAGUUCUUAAUAUUGUCUAAGUAAUAGGAAAAAUUACUACUGAAAUGAAGCUUUGUGCCUUUUAACCUGAUGGCCAACUCGUAAACAUAUAGGUAGAUUACAGCAGACUUACUUGAUCAGAGCAUGAUCUGUUUGGCCAUAUACAGCAGUGAGCAGAAACAUAGCAGUAGGUAGAAUAGUGAUUUAUAGCAAGUUAUCCUUACAAAAAUUUGAGCUAAAAUCUAUUCACCAUUGAGUAAUUCAAUUAAUCCUAUAGGAAUAAGCUCCUUAUAAUUAAGUCCAUAAUAUAAAUUGGAAAAAUCAGCUGGAAAUUGAAGUUUUUGGUGCCUGUAUGUUGGAUAUGAAACUAUUUGAUUUCUAGUCUUCUGUUUUUUUUUUCUUCUAUGUUUAAAAGUUGUAUUUUAAUGAUUUUGCUUUCAUACUCAUUUAACAGAACA